GGCACACCCCCAAUUCCUAUUAGCAUGCAAGGCAGCUCUCCUGCACGGAGACAUCACAGCAGAGCCAGUGCUUUGUACAGCAUCCGGACUCCUGGGCGCUGCACAGAUUACUAGGAGGAGGAGGCGUGGUGCUGCCUUAUUACCUACCACUAAACGUGGAGUGAAUGCAUUACAAUUGCAGAACGGCCAAACGAUACAGAGCCUGUAAAAUCCUAUACAGAAAACGUUCCUAUGCAUUGACGUGACCGUAGAACUGUCCAAAUACAGCUCUGCCUGUAGAGCCGGUGCUAAGCCCUCGUCGGCUGCUUCCCAUAAGCCGCAGUCGGCGUCAGAGGACUAAUAGCUGUGGCUACAGCUGGCUAUGAAGGUCUGCGUUCUCUCGCCACACGGCCAGCAGCUGAUGGUGACCGCUAUGUAGGAAGCCGGCUGGGGCUAGUAGUGUCACAGGAACGUCUGCAUCACCCACGUGUGGCCGCACAGCAGCAGCAUAACAUCAUGUCCUCUCACCCGAGCGGGCGUCACGCAGCAUGAUGGUGACAGCACUGAUAGGACCGGGGUUACUCUCAUAGCAUCCCGCGCCUUGUGAGCGGCGUUACUCAGACGACUGGCGCCGCCUGGCUCGCAGGCUGGCCAAUGUGGAGAGCCGGUGCACGGAGGAGCUGAGAGGAACAGCUGGCGGCGGCAUUGGCUGCUCAUUGUGGAAGAGGGAUCAUCAGCCCGGCGGCCUCGGAAUGUGCCUGCUGCGGGUCACUGCCGCGGUCUCCACCCGCUAGCUGCUGCCGCCCAGACAAGUGCAGAAAAUCACACUCUUUGCUCAGCAGGACAAGAAAGAGAAGAAAGAAGCAAUGAGUAACAGCCAGUAGGACCUGAGAAAAGUGUAAAUCUUUGCACAGAGAUGAUUCUGCGAGUGCGAAGCCUUGUGCUCUACACAUUGUUUCUGUCACUGUUUGUGCUAUUUAUCUACUUUCACAAAACAAGUAAGUCAACUGUAGACCUUGUUCCCAUUGGAAGAGCAAAAACAGCAAGACAAGAAUUUAGCUUCUGGGCUCCUCCAUUGAAAAGAGCCAUGCGAUGUUCUCCAAAUACUUCCACGCUCAGCACUUUCUCAACCUUUCCUGAACCUCAUCGUUUAUUCUUGAUGUACAAACACUGCAGGAACUUUUCAACUCUACUCAAGCCCAAAGACUGUGAGAAAGACACCUUUUUGUUGUUGGCCAUAAAGUCUCUCCCUAUCCAUAUAGACAGACGGAUUGCAAUAAGGAAUACCUGGGGAAGAAGGCAAGAGUUUAAUGGCAAGAAGAUCAGGCUGGUGUUCCUACUUGGGAAAACAGAAGCCAGCAUACCAGCUCAGUCACUUGAUCAGCUACUUUUUUAUGAACAGAAGGAGUUUAAUGACAUAAUCCAAUGGGAUUUUAUUGACAAUUUUUUUAACCUCACACUUAAGGAGCUCCAUUUCCUGAGAUGGGUCACAAAGGGAUGUUCACACACCAGCUUUAUCCUGAAGGGUGAUGACGAUGUCUUCAUUAAUACGUAUAAUAUUAUGGAAUUUCUAGAUGAAAUGGAUCCCAAGCAUGACCUGUUUGUUGGAGAUGUAAUCAGCAAAGCCAUUCCCAUUAGGAACACAAAAGUAAAAUACUUCAUUCCACAUGAAAUGUACAAUGAGAGCCACUAUCCUUUAUAUGCUGGAGGAGCGGGUUAUUUGAUGUCCAGAAGGACUAUCCACCGUCUGCAUAGCACAGCUGAAGCCACUGAACUGUUCCCUAUUGAUGAUGUGUUUGUAGGAAUGUGCCUUGAAAAGAUGAAUGUAACCCCCCAGUUUCAUGCUGGUUUCAAAACAUUUGGUAUCCGUAAACCAGUUAACCCAUUUGAUCCAUGUUUGUAUAAAGGGCUAAUGGUGGUGCACAAAUUAACCCCUACAGAGAUGUGGAUCAUGUGGACUUUAGUGAAUGAUAAAGGUAUGCACUGUGCACAGUCAGAGACCUUUGCAAAAUAGAAAUGAACAGCUAUACACUCAUAUUUCAUGACUUAAGAAAGGCAAGUGAUGUCCACUGUGUAAUUUGCAGUCUGUUCUACCAAAAGUGCAUAUUUCUAGAGCAAUUAUGGUCUGCUUUUAAGAAAGAAUUGUGGGAGUUGUAGUUCAGCAAGAGAUGGUGUCAGGGGUGGCCCAUCCCUACUUAGAGGUAGCCAGUUAAACCUGCAAAUCUACAUUCUGAUUGGACCACUCUGUUUUGAGCUGGUGAUAUUCCAUAUCGCCCAAGAUGAUGUAACUAAAUGCAAAAGGCAAGUUUACAGGUUGGGCAGUAACAACUGCUUCUAGUUACAUUCAAUGCUGUUCAAUCACUGACCAGUACAUCAGCGUUAGCUGCAAAGUAUCUGUCUUCUAUGUCCAUAACAUGACUGAAUAAAAUCAUCAGAAAAAUACAAA